AUGACGCAGCUUCAUCGUUAUCUCAGCAUACGAAAUAUCAAUCUCUGUUUCUUUUUCUUUCCUUCUUUCUUUCUUUCUUUCUUUCUUUCUAUCUAUCUAUCUAUCUAUCUAUCUCAGUCUGUUUCUAUUUGUCUCUCUUUGUCUCUUUCUGUCUGUCUGCUUAUCUAUCUAUCUAUCUAUCUAUCUAUCUAUCUAUCUAUAUAUAUAUAUAUAUAUAUAUAUAUAUAUAUAUAUAUAUUUCAGUCUGUUACUAUCUAUCUAUCUAUCUAUCUAACUUCUGUUUCUAUCUAUCUAUCUAUCUAUCUAUCUAUCUAUCUAUUUAUCUAUCUAUCUAUCGAUAUAUAUAUAUCAGUCUGUUUCUUUCUAUCUAUGUAUCUAUCUAUCUGGCUGUUUGUUUUUUCAUAUCUAUCUACUUAUCUAUCUCGGUCUGUUUCAAUCUAUUUAUCUAUCUAUUUGUCUUUUCAUAUCUAUCUAUCUAUCUAUCUAUCUAUCUAUCUAUCUAUCUAUCUAUCUCAGUCUGUUUCUAUCUAUCUAUCUAUCUAUCUAUCUAUCUAUCUAUCUCAUCUGUUUUUAUCUCAGUCUGUUUUAUCUAUCUAUCUAUCUAUCUAUAUCUAUCUAUCUAUCUAUCUAUCUAUCUAUCUAUCUAUCUAUCUAUCUCAUUUAGCUGUUUUCAUAUUGCAUUGGUAG